GUAACCUCGUAGGAUAGAGAAAUCGUUACCAUUCCAUCUUUCUUGGUUGGAACAGCUUCCACUUAUAAAAGCUAUCCAUAUAGAAGUAUUACAUAUAUGCUAUAGACAAUGUAUUAAAAUAAGCUUUCGGAAACAAGAAAUAAACUUAUGUCUGGUCAAACGAAAAAGUAGAAGAAGGCCAUAAAAAAGAAGAAUAUCUAACCCCUCAAAGUGAGUAAAACUAAACAUUAAACUGGUAUUUUCAAUAAUGGAAAAAAAUAAGGAACAAACAUUCAUUUUAAGCUUAAACGAUUUUGGACAAAAGAUUUGUACAUCUCAAUCGGAACCAGGGAAAAAGUAUAUUUUAGAUGAUGAAGGCAAUAUGUCGGAAUAUUAUCCAGAAACAGCUAUUUGCGCCGUUAAAUUAGAUUCCCAUUUAAAUAGCGAAGAUGAUAGUAAUGGUACAAGUAACAGUGAAGUACAGCAUAUUAACUCAUUAGAAGAUCCUACUCAGUUAGGUAUAAUGAAUUCUUUAGAUGGAGUUUCAGAAUUUGAAGAGAACCUUAUGAAUGAAUUAGAUUCCGAUUUCAUGAACAUGGUACCAAAUCCCCAAUCGCAACAUAUUAUGCAACAUAUGGAUAUAAGGGAACCUUUAACUAAACUUCGAAAACUUAUAGAAAAUAGAUUGGGAGUAGGACUACAAGGAUAUGUCUUUGCAUUGCAGGGUGUUCAAAUUUUGGAUGAUGAUAAAAAUCUGGUUGAACAGUGUGUUCAAGGCGAAGGACUAGUUCAAGUUAAUGUACAGGUUCAAACAAAUCUUAAAAGAAUCAAUAUCAUUGAUGUAUUGAAACCCGCAGAAGAUUACGUUCAUAUAGAAGAUACCGAUGUAGAAGAUAUUUCUACCAAAGAAGAAUCUGAGCAAGUAAAAGCUACAGAAACAAUUAGUAAAUCGAAGAAUAUUGUUCAAUGGCAAGUCGAUGCAAAUUAUAAAAAGGAACAAGAAAGACUGAAAAUUCCAUCUGAUCCAAAAGAAUGGACUACUCUCCAAGUUAGACAUUGGGUACAGUGGGCAGUGCGCCAAUUCAAUUUAACUAAUAUUAAAUUGAGCGAUUGGUUGAUGGAUGGUAGAGAAUUGGAUGCAUUAACUAUACAGGAUUUUCAAAAAAUUGUUCCUAGCGAUCCAGGAGAUGUUUUUUGGACACAUCUCGAAUUAUUAAGAAAAAUGAAAGUUGUAGCAACAAAGAAGGAAGAGUCAACAAAAAGAAUCAUACCAAAAAUUGUGAAAGUCAAUAAGGGAUCAAAAAAAGAUCUAAAAAUAAUGAACUACUCUACUAAUGUCCGAUACUUCGAUCCUGCUAGUUAUGCAGCGGGUAAUAACAAAAGUGGAAAUAAUGGUCAAAUACAAUUAUGGCAAUUUCUUUUGGAACUUUUAACAACUAGAGAAUACAAGUCCAUUAUCCAAUGGAUCGGUAAAGAAGGAGAAUUCCGUUUAAAUCAUCCAGAAGUGGUGGCGCAUUUAUGGGGAGAAAGAAAAAAUAAACCGAUGAUGAAUUACGAGAAACUUUCCAGAGCAUUAAGAUAUUAUUAUGAUGGAGAUAUGAUCUCAAAAGUUCAUGGGAAGAGAUUUGUGUAUAAAUUUGUAUGCGAUUUGAAACAACUUUUAGGUUACAGCGCGGUAGAAUUGUCAAAUUUAGUGAAACAUGGAAAUCCAAAUGAUUUAAUUGAAUGUUAAGAAGAAUAAUUUCAAAAUUUGACAAACAACAAGAACAAUUCCAGAAUUUUCAAACUGUGAUACUGUUUUAUCUUAAAUAAUUGUAUUGGUUGAAUGGAAUUUACUGUACAGGUGGUUUUUUGUAUCAACAUUGUUUUUUGUUUAAAAUUAAAUAAUAAAUUAUUUGAAAGGCA